UGGCGGACUGAGCGGCGGUAGCUUUCAGUAGAAGUUUAAAUUUGGCGAUUUAACCGCGACAUAGAUUAAUAGCAAAUAUAGCAAUACAUACUUCAAAGACACGUCUUUUCUUAAGCCCACGGAACGGACGUUUGGGUGUAAUGCAGUGUUAUCUGAAGUGAAGACUUAAUAAAACAUGAAAGAACACGGCUGUGCUGAAAUGGCGUCGGCCGGUAAAACAGAACACAUUUCGAGCCAAUCAUUAACGGAUAUAACGCUGAAACCUGCAGAAAACGGUGUCCAUCAGCUGAUUGGUCAUUCAGAAGAAAUUCCCCCUUCGCCACAGCCCACGUGCAUCAUUGUGAAGAAAGAGGCUCCACAACCCCACCACUUUAAAGACGAAGUGGAGGAAUUCUUGAUCACACGGGAGGGAAAGGGUCUUGUAGGGCCAGUGCACGCUGAUUUGACCAAAUUGCCACUGACUGGUGUUUCUCUGAAGACCGAAGACCAUAAAGAGAAACCACUUGAGACCUUACCUAGGUCUCCCACAGACAUCCAGCAGCUUAUUGGUCCUUCAGAAGAAUUUCCCCCUCACGGGGGGAGCUCUUCUUUGAAGCAGGAGGCUCCACAGCUCCCCUAUGUCAAAGAGGAAGAGGAAGAGGAAGACAUUUGGAACACUCGGGAGAGAGAAUGUCUUCCAGGUCCACAGGAGGAGGCUGAUCUCACUAAGUUGCCACUGACUGUGAAGAUUGAAGAUGAUGAAGAGGAACCUCCAGAAGACAACCUGUUAGCUCCACUAUCCGAUAGUGAGGCUGAAGACGGGUCUGAAGAACCUUUGAGCAGCGAUACAGACUGUGAAGGUGACACUGACAACAAAAACGCUCAUUGCUCUGAAGAGACGAGAGCUAAUAAACGUUUCAGCUGCCCAUUUUGUACUAAAAGGUUUUUUACUACACCAGGUUUGACUCGGCACAUGAUGAAACACACUGGAGAAAAACCAUUUCGUUGUUCGGUUUGCGGUAAAAGGUUUUUUCAAAAGAACCAUUUGACUCAACAUAUAAGAACACACACUGGAGAAAAACCGUUUAAUUGUUCAGCUUGUGGCAAAAGCUUUUCUCACAAGAGCAAUUUGACUGUACACAUGCAAACACACACAGGAGAUAAACCGUUUAGUUGUUCCGUUUGUGAUAAAAGCUUUUCUCAAAAGAUACAUAUGACUGAGCACAUGAGAACCCACACAAAGGAAAAAGCCACUUGCUUAGUUUGUGGUAAAAGCUGUACUCAAAAGUGCAAAUUGACUCAACAUAUGAAAUUGCACACUGGCGAAAGAUUUAUUUGUUCAGUGUGUGGUAAAAACUGUUUAUCUAGAGUAAGUUUGACUCGUCACACAUUAAAGCACACCAUGGAAAAAACGUUAAGUUGUUCAGAUUGUGGUAAAAGAUACUUUUAUAAAAAACACUUGGCAAGACAUAUUAGAACACACACUGGAGAAAAACCAUUCUGCUGUUCAGUUUGCGGUAAAAGCUAUACCCAAAAUACUAAUUUGACUUACCACAUGAGAACGCACACAUUAGAAAAACCAUUCAGCUGUUCAGUUUGUGGUAAAAGUUAUUCUCAAAGGAGCAAUUUGACUUAUCACAUGAAAACACACACUGGCGAAAAAACUCAUAAUUGUUCAGUUUGUGUCAAAAGAUUUCCAACGAAAUACCUGUUGGAAUGUCACAUGAGAACGCACACAGGAGAAAAACCCUACAGUUGCUCAGCUUGCUUGAAAAGAUUUACUCAAAAGUCGAGUGUCCGACUACACAUGAGAAUCCAUACGGGAGAAAAACCAUUUAUUUGCCCAGUUUGUGGUAAAGGAUUUACACAGAAGGCAACUAUGGUAACUCAUGCAAACGUACACAGAAGAGAAACUAAAAGUGUAAUUAUGCACAUGCCGACACACUCCGGUAAAAACCAACCUUCAAUCAUUGAAUCAAUCAAUAGCCCUUAAUCACAAAGGUCACAAAGGGCUAAAAGUGAUGGUCAGAAUCAUUAUAUGGAAAACAAGGGAGCAUUUUAUGCACACAUGACAAUAAUCCUUUUAAUGUUCAAAUGGACGUUGACACAACUGAGAAUAAUUAAUUCCUGUUUAGUGUACGUUAAAAAUGGUCAAAUUAUAGAAGUGUAAUGUCACAUGUGAGAAGUACCGUAUUUUCCGCACCAUAAGGCGCCCUGGGUUAUAAGCCGCGCCUUCAAUGAACGGCAUAUUUCAAAACUUUGUCCACCUAUAAGCCGCCCCGUGUUAUAAGCCGCAUCUAACUGCGCUAAAGGAAUGUCAAAAAAACAGUCAGAUAGGUCAGUCAAACUUUAAUAAUAUAUUAAAAACCAGCGUGAUGUGGGCGCGCAUGGAGUCGUAUAUCAACAUGGACGGAGCUGCGUGAAAAAAGCCACCCGGCCUCUUCGCGUAAACUUACCUUAUCCACUCGCUCAUCUUUUCUUCAUCCAUCCAUCCCUUCGAGUUAGCUUUUAUGAUGACGCCGGCUGGAAAGGUCUCUUUUGGCAAGGUCUUCCUUUUGAAUAUCACCAUGGGUGGAAGUUUCUGGCCAUUAGCAUGGCAAGCUAGAACCACAGUGAAGGAUGACUUCUCAUUCCCUGUGGUGCGAAUAUUCACCGUACGUGCUCCCGUUGUAUCCACAGUGCGGUUCACAGGAAUAUCAAAAGUCAGUGGAACCUCGUCCAUGUUGAUAAUGUUCUCUGGCCGGAUCUUUUUUUCAGCUAUCUUGUUUUUACAAUAUGCACGGAAAGUAGCCAGCUUUUCUUGAAAGUCUUUAGGCAGUUGCUGUGAAAUAGUAGUCCGUGUGCGGAUGGAGAGAUUGCGUCUUUUCAUGAACCGGAUCCCUGUCGCUUAGUAGGAGCCAUUUUGUGGUCUUUACAGAUGUAAACACACAAAGGAAAUGAAACGUAAUAUCCGCGCGCUUCUUCUUCUUCUUCUACGCGGGCGGGUGGUUGCUUACAGUAGAAGAAGAAGCGCUUCCUGUUCUAUGGGGGCGGGUGCUUACCUUGGCGGUUGCUUGCGUAGAAGAAGAAGCACUUCCUCUUCUACGGGGAAAAAAGAUGGCGGCUGUUUACCGUAGUUGCGAGACCGUAACUUUAUGAAAAUUAAUCUUAAUAUUAAUCCAUAUAUAAAGCGCACCGGGUUAUAAGCCGCACUGUCAGCUUUUGAGUAAAUUUGUGGUUUUUAGGUGCGGCUAAUAGUGCGGAAAAUACGGUAACCAAAAAUUGAUGAUCUGUGUGUGAAAGCAAAUUCUCUCAUGAGUUCCGAGGUUAGUGUGGCGCUCAGAACAGCAGUUACACAACUUUUGAUUGUUUCGAACAACAUGUAUGGUGGAAUUUGUUCACCUCCCCUUUGAUAUGUGUAUAUUCAUGAUCAUGAACUGGUAUUUGUGUUGUGAGAAUGUUGCGUAACGGGGUUGUACAUUUUCACAAGUGCAAGUUCAAGGUAUCCUCAAUGUUCAACUACAAUAAAUACAUGAGAUGUGCCCUGUGACAAACAUAAGAUAAAGGAGACAGCGACUAUGUGGGACACAAUACUUUUUUAUUACUAUUUGUUUGUAAAUAUGACGUGUCGCAACCUCCUGCUAUAACAUGUUUAUGAUACUUACCCAAAAAUGCCUAAUUUCAGCAAAUACAAUUGUAUAACAAUCGAGCUAAAAAUAAUUAGCAAUCUUUUUAAGGCCCCAGUGUUUGAUGUAAGGAUGACUUGGUUAGUUCAGUAAAUAGCUCCAUUUUGUAACGGAGCAAUGACAUAAUGCCUAACUAUGUAUGGGCAGAAUGUGUGUUGAAGCAGAUGACUUCUUUGUCAAUGAACUUAAAAUAAACUGA